GCGACCUGCAGCCUGCCACAUCUGGAGACGCUUCCCUACACGACAAACUUCUACUUCUUCUCUCCUCUUGGCUCCGCGCGAAACACAGUUAUCGCUCCGUCAGGGUGUCUCCAUAGUAAGUAGAGAUUCUUGAAGCCGAGUUGGCGUUUCCUCUCUCCUCUUAGAGGAAAACUGAGCCCGUUCGGGGGAGUUUUCAUACAUUCGGUAUAGCUGCGUGAGCGCCGCGAUAGAAUUUCGGCAAAAUUACAUAAAUGGCACUUUUAUACGAGUAAUGUUUUCAGAGAGCGACGUGCGUAAAAGGAGAACGCGUGGGGCAGUGUGCGAUGCGUAAAGUGAUUUGCAGCCUCGUACAGUGCGAAAGACUUGAGUUUGUUCACAAAUCUUUGAGAAGUGAAUAAUAGCGUCUCUGCUCUGUCACAAUAUUGUUAUUUACUGCCACAUGCUGGAAGUAAACCCUGUCUGAGACCCUGCUGCCCGAGUGCCUCCAGCACGAGUCCCGGUAGAUGCUGACAUGAGUCACAGGGAAUCAAAUUGGGCAGAAUUCAGCAGCAGACCGGUGAUGGAGUGACACAUCCCGGGCUUAUUUCUGUCCCAAAACACCGACCUAACGCUUUCUGGAAGGAGAGGACUGGAAUCAGGAACAAGGGCGCACGGCUCCAUGCUGAAGUGUUUAAGUUAGUCUGAGGGGAAAUUUAAAAGACCUAAAAAUACAGCGUUGGUUUCUUCCCCUACAAAGACUCAUUUGAACUUCCCACCGCAGAGCGAGAGCGACAUAAAUAGUUCUGACAUGUGGAUGUAAUUUCAGAAGAGGAAAAAAAAAAAGAAAAAAAAAAAAAGAGACAGAUGCAGAGAAAUAAAGUGAGCGGCGCAGCGCCCGAGCAGAGCGUAUAGUAGAUUAUAGGAAAUUAAAGCGAGGGGCAGAGAGAGGCGAUUACAGAGUUAUGGUUUCACAAGCCGCCAUAAGCGUCGCGCGGCCAGAUGGAGUGAAGAACCUCAGCUAUCUCGACCUCCAGGAGAACCAGAGAAAUUAGAGUCGUCUCGUCUGAGCAUCCCCAGCGUCCGUUCGAGCCCCCAGCGGGGUCGAGCCGCCUCAGGGUCAGGGAUGGGAUCCGCUGGGCUCCUCCGCAAUCUGGACUUUCUGCUCAUCUCCCUCCUCAGCAGUUUAUGUCUGGUCUACACAGAUGAUGUGCUCACGAAAGAGGAGCAGAUAGGCCUGUUGUUCAGAGCCAAACGGAAGUGUGAAGGAAACAUCAAGUCAAAGCACAAGGUUCCUGAUGGUUUCUGCUCACCAGAAUGGGAUGGCAUCGUUUGCUGGCCUGAGGGGCCUCCGGGGAAACUCGUAUCCACCGCCUGUCCGGAGUACAUCUACGACUUCAACCAUAAAGGACUAGCGUAUCGUCGGUGUGACGACAACGGAACAUGGGAGCUGGCCACUAUCAACAAGACGUGGGCCAAUUAUAACGAAUGUGCAAAAUUCCUCUACCAUUACAACCACAGCCAUGAAAAGGAGGUCUUCCACCGUCUGUAUCUCAUCUACACAGUGGGCUACUCCAUUUCUCUGGGGUCGCUCAUGGUGGCUGUUGUCAUCUUGGGAUAUUUCCGACGCUUGCACUGCACCAGGAACUACAUCCAUAUGCACCUAUUCGUGUCCUACAUGCUGAGAGCCAUAAGUAUUUUCGUGAAAGACAUCGUACUCUACUCUGGAUCAGCCUUAGAGAACAUGGAAAGAGUCACAGUGGAAGACCUCAAGUCCAUCACCGAGGCUCCACCCGCCAAUAAAACACAGUUUAUCGGAUGUAAGGUGGUGGUGACCUUGUUCAUGUACUUUCUUGCCACCAAUUACUACUGGAUCCUCGUCGAGGGCCUGUACCUCCACAGCCUCAUUUUCAUGACCUUCUUCUCAGACAGAAAGUAUCUGUGGGGAUUUACUCUGAUUGGCUGGGGGGUACCAGCCAUGUUUGUGACAAUUUGGGCAACUGUGAGAGCCACGUUUGCGGACACAGAGUGUUGGGACUUAAGUGCAGGCAAUUUGAAAUGGAUUUACCAAGUGCCUAUCCUGGCAGCUGUUGUGGUUAAUUUCAUGCUAUUUCUGAACAUCAUCAGAGUGUUGGCGACUAAACUACGAGAGACGAACGCUGGACGGUGUGACACGAGACAACAGUACAGAAAAUUGUUGAAGUCCACGUUGGUGCUGAUGCCCCUGUUUGGUGUCCACUACAUCAUAUUCAACGCCAUGCCCUACACGGAGGUGUCAGGAGUCCCCUGGCUCAUCCAGAUGCACUACGAGAUGCUGUUCAACUCCUUCCAGGGAUUCCUCGUCGCAAUCAUAUAUUGCUUUUGCAACGGGGAGGUACAAGCUGAGAUCAAAAAGUCGUGGAGCAGGAGGACUCUGGCGCUGGACUUCAAAAGAAAAGCUCGGAGUGGCAGUAACACAUACAGCUACGGACCUAUGGUGUCACACACCAGUGUUACCAACGUCACUGCCAGAGGGCCGCUGGCGCUGCACCUCACCACGAGGCUGGGCCCGGUGCCCGUGAACGGGCACAGGAACCUGCCCGGGUACGUGAAGAACGGCUCGGUCUCAGAGAACUCCAUACCAUCGUCGGCACAGGAGCUCCACAUUCCCGAGGAGGAGCACUCAGCUAACACGAGGCCCUGCGAGAACGAGAAACCCUCGCCUGUGGUCGAGGAGGAGCGGGAGACAGUCAUGUGACCGCCAGGCCGCUGUACAAGAAAACUACAUGAACGCAGGAUGGUCUGAAGGGGACGACUGCAUGCGUCAACACUGCCAGUUUAUCUUCCUCCUGUGAAUCAAGCCUGAACUGUACAGACCAAUGAGGCUCCAGGCGAAAAUGUUGCAUCAGUCGUGUGAGCUUCAUUUUUGUGGCUAAUACUGUUUAAAGAAGCUCCUGCCACAGUGAAUGUGUAAAAGACUGACAAGCAGACUGACUUAUUUCUUUUUCCACCGUUGUUAUCUCGUUCUCUCAUUCGCUUUUGUGGCAAACGUCUUGUGCUCAGCUUUUGUGCAUAAAUCAAACCGAGGUUAGUCGCAGUCGUCACCAGGAACAGCCUUAAUCACCGAUGUAGAGGGAGUUGGAUUUGGAGUGCGCUCAGUGGCAGUUCCAUCAGCCACUGGUUUCCAGAUUAAGUCAGUGUGAGAAGACCAAAUUCACCCACGGCAUAAGAAGAGGAGUUAAUGCUACUAUUAUGGGCCGACUGUUCAUUUGUUCUGCAUCGACUCGAAGGUACUCAGGUAAUUGAAGUCCUCUGUUGUUUUGCGCACCUAUUUUUAUACAUUUAAAGUGGUGUUUUAGCCUGGUCAGCGUUUCCCUUCAGGAGACGUUAUAUAAGGCUUGUGUCAAAUGUUUUUUGUACAGUUUGUGCUGUUUAGAAAGACCCAGUAUUCAUCGCUCUAAUUACAACAGAUGUCGAGGAGUUCAAAUGAAUGUUUCAUAUUCAAAUUCUCUGCAAGCCACACACACACACACACACACACACACACACACACACAACAUGAUGCCAAAGUGAGAGUAUUUCUUUGAAGAAGUUGUCUCCGUCAGUGUUAGCUGAGGUAAAGAAGAGCUUAAUGGAAAUCUGACACAAAUAGUAUCAUGUGUUCUCGGCAAAGUUUUCAAAGGAAGAGAGACAACCCCCCCCCCCCCAUUCCAAAACACAGGCCGCAGGAAAUGGCCGUAUAUUGCAGCGGAAUGUUAAUUAAAUGAGGAAUGAGGAAAAUCUCAAAUUCCCUAGGAAUUCCAAGAGUGACAUUUGUGGCGAAUAUGAAGGAAAACCCAGAAAUGAAUAACACACAGUAUAGUUUUUACAGAUGGUCCAGUGUUAUGCUGCUUUUUGAUGUAUAUAUAAAAGUCACAAUGUUUACAAAGGUCAGAAAUACAUCCUAAUUGUGAGCUAGUAGUCUUCAUGUGUAUGGAUACGUUGUAAAGCUAUGUUUCAGUGUAUAUCUCUUUUUUCACAUGUUUGUUUACGGAAUGUUUGCAAUAUUUUAUUCAUGUAAAUAGUCCCCCCACGAAAAAAACAACAACUGGAGAAUAUAUUUACAGGUGACAAAGGGCAUUCAAACUUCUUUCAUGAAGAAUUCCACCAGAUAUUUUAAACUUAAUUCUAUUAACUUACAUAUUUUGCAGGUUAGGUCACAAAUUCCAAAUGCCAAAGAGAAAAGGUCACAGAGAAAAGGUCACAGAGAAAGGUCACAGAGGGUACACAGGUAACGGUGUCACCGGUGACCAAAACGUCUUAAAUUCACCCUCUCCCCGAAAGAGAAAAAAAGCUAAAGUGCUACUGAUAGUUAGUGUAAGAAAAUGAAAAGAGCUCAGCCCCCGUGUAGAUUGAUGUUUUUGAAUAUAAAAUAUGAAAUGUCCUGUAAAAUAAACACAAAGCAAAAUUGUUUGUGUCAAAGGAGAAAAAAACUCUCUGCGGCUCAGUAACAAAAAGUUGGUCAUGCUGGUAGUAAAACCAUAAUGAUAUUACAACAACAUGUCCUAAAUAAAUCGGCCUAUAAAUGUUCUCCAUUCAAACAGAAACACUACUACCUGUUGAAAUGACGUCACUCCCUAAAUUAGAAUGGGAAACAAACACUAGUGUAAAGAAUUUUGCAAAAACAUGACUUUUGGGUAUGAAAACACUUCAUAGUCAAAAUAUAUCUCUGAUGGAUUCGUGAUUCACAUCAGAUUCAGAAAAAUUUAGUUUUUACCAAUAUUUGUGGCGAGCGCUCUCGUCCAGUGUGACUUCUCACUGACUUAGUUAUGCUCCCAUUACACAGAUUUGCUAGGAUUGUGCUUGAGUCACUCCUUAAAGGUUAAAUCCUGGUCUGCUCAGUUUGUACUGGCCUCAAGUCAAUCCAGCAGAUUUACACUGCUUCUCAAAGAGUAAAGUUCGAAAACACUAAAUCAUGUUACAAACGUCUGUAACUGUUUUCCCAUCAGGUGGUUGUUUAUUAGAUAAAUCCAGUCAUAUUCUAUACGUUUCUAUUAACAGACUAAAUGGACCCAGCUCGGAUGUUAGCACGAGGAUCGCUCGCGAUUGCGACUCGAGGUUGAGAGGAUUGUCUACAGCAGUAAUUACAUUUGGCUGCAGGCCACAGAGACGGAAAAAGGCCGAGACUGAGGGAACCCUCUCUAGAUAUUACAGUUUCAUACCAUCAGUAGAGUUUACAGUAUGUACAAGAUUUAAGACUGCGUCUGACUGAGGGAGUUGUUCCUCAGAUUCUCUCAGACUUUCCACCAACUGCCGCUGGGCAAGUAAACAUGUUGCCGUUGCAUAAUCCAGGUUCUUAAUUAAAAAAGAGGGGCGGAAUCAGAGCAUGAAAAUAUUAUAUUAUGAAAGAAAAACACUUGGAAAAUUAUAUAUUUGAGCACUUUAAUACCCUAUAAUACAUUAUUUUGUUCUGAUUGUAUCAUGUAAAAUGAUUGUGUUUUGGAAUCAAGUGUACAAUAAGGCCAAUUACCAUAGAGCUAAUGUUGUAUUUCAUUAUUUUCAAAUACCUCUCAUGGACGUAUAUAUUGUGUUUUGUAUACAUUGUCUUCUAUUUAUCUUGUGCCGAAAUGUGCUCAGUGGCGUGGACGGUGUUCUCCGACACACGCCUCACUCUCUCAUCACUCCAUCGUGAUGUGGGCACGUUGUAGAUAUCAGUGUAAACGUGGAAGGUGAAAUAGGAAGAAGGUUCCUGGUCUUAUAAUGUUCAUCAGUGAAUUGUGAAUAAGUCAAUAAAUCUGUACUCACAUGUU